AUGGAACCCGGUCAACAAGGCGCCACCGCCACCGCUCCAACCGCCGGCGAUCCCAUCGCCUCGCCUCCUCCGCUCGGUCAUGCUGUUGUUACUCCCGAUCCAGCUGUUGACUUUGAUGAUUACGUUGCUGAGCCUGAAAUUCAUGCGUUGAUUUCAGAUGAAGAGCAUGAUCAUGUUCAUGAGCAUGAUGAACUCGAUCACGAUUUUGACCAUGCGCACGAGCAUGAAGGCCAUGAACGCGAUCAGGUUGCUGAGACUGGUGUAUCAUUGGAUGAUCUCAAGCUCAAGAUAAUUAAGCAGGUGGAGUAUUAUUUCAGUGAUGAAAAUCUGCCAACUGAUAAGUAUUUGCUGAGUCUAGUCAGAAGGAACAAGGAAGGGUUUGUUCCUAUACAAGUGAUUGCUUCUUUUAGGAAAACAAAGAAGCUCACACCGGACCAAUUAUUUAUUGCUGCUGCACUGAAGGAAUCUUCACUGCUUGUUGUUAGUGGUGAUGGGAAAAGGGUUAAGCGGCUCAAUCCACUUCGUAUCAAUGAAGUGAAAGAUCAUAAGUUAUUUACUGUUUUGGUAGAGAAUUUGCCGGAGGACCAUUCAAAGGAGAACAUUCGGCAAAUAUUCCAAAAAGCUGGAAAUGUAAAAAAGGUAACUAUAAAUGACCCGCGUUCUACUACAGCGUCUGCUAAACAUAUCAAGCAAGACAAGUUUCUUGGUAGCAAGUUGCACGCAUUUGUAGAAUAUGAGACUGUUGAAGCUGCUGAGAAAGCUGUGGCACUGUUAAAUAAUGAACAAGACUGGAGAAAUGGCAUGCGGGUUAAAUUUCUCAAUCGGAUGGAUAAGUAUGCUCACAAAAAACAACCUUGGAAGGGAUCUAACUCUGAGAAGAAUAGCUCAAGUCAUGCACCUGAGAAAUCUAGAGAUGAGGAGAAUCAUGUUUCACAUGCACACAAAAAUCAAGCUUGGAAGGGAUCUAACUCUGAGAAGAAUACCUCAAGUCAUGUAUCUGAGAAAGCUAGAGACGAGGAGAAUCAUGUCUCACAUGAGCAUCAUGAAGAUGCUCAUGAGGAGAAGGACGGGGAACAUUUGUCAAAGGAUAAAGGUGGGCAGAGGUACCCUAAACAGGCAAGAGCAAGAAAGCAUAAUAAGUAUCGUGCUACAAAUGGAAUGGGUCAUGGAGGUACAUCUAUUCAUACUGCUGAAGCAUCAAAACCGCCUCCUGGACCAAGAAUGCCUGAUGGAACACGGGGUUUUGCAAUCGGAAGAGGUCGGCCACUCCCUGCAUCAAUUUAG